UGACUAUUGUUUAUUGAAGGAGAUCUUUAAAACGUUUAAUUAGAACGCAGGUUUAGUCUUCAAGCUUCCUGUUGAUCUUGACAUGCGAAAUGUGAAUUUCGAGAAGACCCACACGCACAUUUAGGCUUUAUAUCUUUAUCAAACAGCUAUAUCUAUGGCAAAAUACCUUAUACAGAUUGUGACUGCUGGGGCCCAAGUUGUUGGAAGAGCUUUUGUUAGAGCUGUGCGAGAGGAACAUCAAGCUUACAAACAUGCUGCUAGUCGACAUGGAGGACAAUCUGGUUCUUCUCAAACCAAACAAGAAGCUAGAAAGGCUGCUAUCAAUGACACAUUUACUGGGAUGUCUAUACAGGAAGCCAGACAAAUAUUAAAUGUAAAAGAAGAUGUAGAUUAUGAAAGUCUAGUGAAGAAUUAUGAACAUUUGUUUCAAGUCAACGAUAAGAGUAAAGGGGGAUCACUAUAUAUACAAUCAAAGGUUGUGAGAGCAAAAGAAAGAUUAGACAUGGAAAUGAAAGAUAAAGACAAAGAUAUAAACACUGAAACAAAGAGAAUAGAAACAGACAAUAAAAGUCAAGAUGGUCCUUCUUGACAAAAAAUAUUUUAGUGUAUAGUGAAUCUACAAUAUAAAAGAAAAUGCCUUCCGUUCAAGGAAACUCUUUAAGAAAACUACCAUCUUAUGUUAUCAUAUAAACAAUUGUUGAUGAAUUUGUUCUUGAAUGAAAGGAAGGAUAGAAGUCAUUGUAUGUUACAAAAAACAUUAUCAUUAAAUCUGUUUGAAUAAGAUUGACAAAUAAACAGGUACACAUGUAGUCAACAUUUACUUUGUACAAUUUAAUUAAAAAGAGGCCUUUAUACUGGAAAUUUUAUAAUAUACUAGAGUCUGAAAUCAGUCUAAUUUUUUUCUUAACUUUUAUGACCUUAGAAUGUUUCUUAUUCAUCCAAUAUAAUGGAACUUACGUUAAAUUAAACUACAAAAAAACAUUUCUUCAGUAAAAGUUAAAAAAUUUAGGAAGUUUUUGAUAACAUAUAUUCAUAAUAUAUGUGAUCAGUGCUAAACCUCCAAAAAUUUCAUUUUUAUUAUGUUAUCCUUACCUGUUUUAUCAUUUUAAUCAGAUGAUUCAUGGAAACCAUUGCUAACCAAUUUGAAUUUGUAUUAUUUUAGGAGUAUAAAUGAGUAUAAAUGACAAAAAAUACAUAUUACAGUGUUGUUAUUACAGAGACUGGUCUCAUUUCUGAAUUCCAUUUUAAUUGUCGGUUUAUUUUGAACGAUGUGUAUUGAAUUUUUAGAUGAUGAUAAUCUAUUAAAUUGAGAGAGAUAUGUUGAAUCAAUAUGUCAGUUGUAAAGAAAUAAACAUGUUUUUUAUGAAACAA